CUGGAUCCCUGUCGUAUUUGCAAUGGGAUACAUAUUUCAAUCGCUGAGUAAUUCAUUUUAAAGGCAAUUGUUUGGAUUAUGCAGUGAACAAUAUAAAUAUAUUUAUAGAUUGUUUAUAGUAUAUUUUUAUUGAAAUGACAUAUGACAAUGUUUCUGCUGUAACUACACAUAUUCCAUAUAAUCUCUAAUGCCAUGUUAAAAAAAAUAAACAUGUUUGAUUUAGAGGAUUUAUUAAAAUCGUGAACGAUUAUGAUUCCCAUCUCUGUCGAAUAUCUAUAUUCCGAUAUCUGUUUGCGUUAGCUAGGUAGGUACCUGCAUGUAUUACUGAAAUUAUCGAUCUUACCUGAAUUACAUGAACACUGAAUUAAUACCGUACCUAGUACUGACAAUACAAGAAAACAAACUUAAAAUUUUCUACUAACAAGUAUUCAUAUUCAUUAAAGCUUAGAAAUUCCUACUAUAAAGUAUUAAAAUUUAUUUUUUAUUUUUUCGUGUGUGACAUUCGCAGUGGAUUAAAUCAAUUACUUCUUCUAUUGUUUCUUAAGAAUUUAUGUCGGCCAAGUUUUUAUUUGGGUGUGCAUGUGUAAAUAAUACCCCGGUAUAAGGUAAGAUAUUCUAUUAAAAUCAUGGACCCCUAAAGGCAUACAUGACAUUACAGUACACAGCAUUUUCAUUCCUCUAAAGCUGAAGAGUUCCAAAACAAAGAAGCUCAUAAGCUCUGACGUCUGGACUAUUUACAGAAUACUUGUGAUUUGUGAGUCGGAAUUAUAUCAGUGACGGAGAAAAUGACGAGUAAAUUAAUCGAGGCAAUUGAAUCCAACGAUAUUAAGGCCGUUCAGGCGUUGUUGAGAGACAGAGAAAACUGUAAACAGUAUGAUUUAAAUGAGGCUUUAUGUACGGCGUCCAGGAACGGUCAAUAUGAAAUAAUCCAGGAGCUUUUCCAGAGUCCUGGUAGAAGACCAUCUGUACAAUACGUAGAUGAGAACCAGAAGAGAGCCUUAGAGUACGCUGUUAUAUUCGGGGAUAUAAACGUCACUAAUCUUUUACUGAAAGCGGGGGCAUUCAUAAAUUGGUCUGAUGAUGACGGUUUUCAACCAUUACACUUUGCUGCCCAGUGCGGAAAUGUGGCCAUGAUUAGUUUCUUGAUAGAGAAGGGGGCCCAUGUUUAUUCAGCUAGAACUAAGAAUGAAGGGGUUACACCAUUCCAUGUGGCUGUGGAUUAUGGACACCUAGAUGCUGUUCAUGCAUUUAUUGAUUCAAAGACUGUGUCGGUUAAUAUGAAAACAAAACUUAAACAAGGUGGCCAAGCUCCUAUACAUCGAGCUGUUCAGAAGUCGCACUUAAAAAUUGUAGAGCUACUGAUUGAGAAAGGUGCCAGUAUUGAAACAAAAGAUUCUGAAGGCAGACAAGCUAUUCAUUACGCUGCACAAGCAGACGACCCAAACGUACUUGAAUACGUAAUUAAACAAGGUGCACAUAUAGACGUCACAGAAAAUUGUGGACGACGAGCUAUUCACUACGCAAUCUACAAUAAUCACGAGGAAAAUGUGAAAAUAUUGUUAAAAUACGGUGCAAAUAUAUGUUCAAUGGACGAAAAUGCUUACCUACCUUUAUACAGUGCUGUCAUGGUGGAGAAUCCAGAAAUUGUUAAGUGCUUACUGCUUUCUGGAGCAGAUCCAAAUGAAUGUAAUCGAAUUUCUCGCCAAGAUUAUGCUCUUUUGAUGGCAGUAUCACUUGGAAAUGUCGAAAUCGUUCAAAUUCUAUUGGAAGCUGGAUCGGACCCCAAUAUAGCAGGUACCAACGGGGCGACAGCACUUCACAAGUGUCAGAAACUCAAAAACAAAGAACGACGCGAUGCAAUAUUAUCCUUGUUGAUAAAGACAGGAGCUAAAAUGAAUGUAGCCGACAGAGAUGGGUACACUCCUCUUCAUAGCUGUGUUAUGCAGUCAGUGUUAGGAAACUUCAGUCUGUCCACCAUGGAGUUGCUUGUUCAAGCAGGGUCGCGUCUAGACUCAGACAAUCAGCCAACACGAGCAGAUCAAAGGGUACCCGCUUCACCGAAUUCCCCGCUCUGUUUCCUUGUGUGGCGUGGUUUUCUGGAGGCCGCGGAAUACCUCAUACAAUGUGGAUGGAAUAUAUCUCACGAAACUUGGAUGUUCCUUCCGGGAAAGACACCAGAACAGACAAGAUUUCAUCAACUGAUGCAAGAACUAAGUAUGUCUGUCAAACCUCUGACUAAUAUAUGUCGUCAAUGCAUACGACAACAUCUUCUAGAAUGUACCAAAGGAUCUGAAAUUUUAACGAGCAUUGAAACCCUGCCUUUACCAGCCUCUGUGAAGAGGUAUCUAUCGUUCCAGGAUCCGUGAGAUUGCUGGGAAGUUUAAUCAGCUAUGGAAAGGAAAUAUCAUGAUUUCAUAUUCACUGAAAAUCACUUUAUAGUAUUUGGUGUUAGAUAUAAUGCUUGUCAUUGCUUGUCAAGCAUCACGGCUAUGUAUCCAGACCCAUUGUUUAAUACCGAACAUACGGUAUUCCAGAGGCGACGAUGAAAGUCAUAUAAUGAUGAAUAGUGAUUAAUAGAAUAUUGUUAAUUGAUGUCUGUUGUCCGUGAUGUAAAUCUUAAUGUGCAAUAAGUACAAGUAUGUAGUGCAAACUAAAAGCUUAGUACUCCA